AUGGCGAAAAUUUACAAGGAGACAAAGGUCGAUGUGCGACCCGUGGAAGCAAACGCCGUCGUUGAUAUCGAAAUCCCUACAGCAGAGAACACGCAGCGACGAGCUAGAAUAUCCUUAUCAUCUGGGACAGCACGAGAUGAUACACCCAUAAAGGACGACGAGGAUUUUGCUAGGAGAUAUUUAGCUACACAGGGUACUCUCUAUUUUCGCCAGCGAAAGAUUUACCCGCGCACCUUCUUAUGGAGGGUGGUUAAUGACAGUACCGUGCUAGAGAUUCAAUCGGCAGAUAUUGAAAAGAGCAUUGUUGAUAAACACGAGGCGAAUCUCACUCUUCGUUUAGAUUUCCAAGAAGCUAUUAUACCUUCUGGAGUUGCGCUAGCCGAUACCGAAGACCACGAAGUCCUCAAUGUUUUUGUUCUCACAACCUCGAGGCGUCUACACACAAUAACACUUCGACCAGAAUUCUUUCGACGUGUCUCAUCAAUAGACGAGAAUAUUCAUGAUUGGUGCAAAUCUUUCAUACCGUCGCCUUUGACUUUCACGAAUCCCCAUCGCUUGCAUGCGUGCAGUACGACCGAAUUGUUUAUUGCAUUAGAUAGUGGUGCGCUUCUUCGGUUGAAUAGACGGACAGGAGAUGAUGGUUCGCACUGGUCGCAAAUCACGUUCGACGAAAAAACUUGGGGAGCGUCACUUCGUGGUUACGUGCCAUGGCCGGGCCUGCAGCGUAUCUCGUACGAUGGUCGUAGUCUGGAUCCCAUGACUCCGAACGCUAUCGCUACUACGUCGGAUCAGACAUAUGUGUUUGCGGUCUGCUUGAAUCAUACACUGAAGGUCUGGAACCUGGCGACAAACAAGUUAGUGGGAACAAAAGAUCUUCUUAACCGGCAGUUAUCGAAACAGCACCCAGACUCGGGGACGUACUUUUUGAAUCCAGCAGAUUCUGUCUUUUUACGAGUCUUUAACGCCGAGCGAGCUUUGGACGGAGCAUCUCGCUACUAUGUUGCGACAUACACUCCUCACGAAGAGGGAAAAUUCAAGUUCUGGGCGGUUAGGGGCGGCUUGACUACGCCGUUGACGAUUGAAGAUCUAUUCCCGCAAGCUGUUUUCAGACCAUUGGAUCCCGACGCCACGGGGAAUAUGUUUUGGACUGUUGCGGACUUUCAGAUACAGCCAAUGGAAGAGGGAACACGCAUGGAGCUAUGGGUGCUUUGGCGAAAUAACGGCCUGUAUCAGCUCUACACCUUGCAUUUUAAUUUCAAUACCCUCGAGAAAGACUGGUCUACAAAUUGGGCAUCAACUGCUUGGGACACUCGGCGAAAUGAGCCAGCUCCUGCUUUAGUGGUUUCGGACGUGGUCGACCCAACAGAGAAAUGGCUAGAGUAUCUUUUCCAUCCCGACCGCUACACCGUCGAGACUUUGGAAACAGCCCUUGUUUCUUACCAAGAAGCUUUGAAGCCACGGACGGCUAUUAAUUUCCUCAGGCGGAGUGCACCCUUGCAGGAACGGCUGUGCUCCACUAUUACUGCAUCCGUUUCCUUAAGGAAAUACGCGGAUGAUGAUAUGGAUUAUGCCAGGUACCGAACAGACACUGAUCAAAAAUGGCGACAGUUCUGGCAAAUCGUCGAAGAAGUUCACAGCAGGAGACUUGAGCCGUUAUCCUUAGCGUAUGACGCUUACAGCGAUUUGCCUUGGGUGAUCACUACCGACACGUGUGCUGUGAUUCGUGAAUGUAGUGCGACAGAAUUGCUGCUUCACAAUUCCGUGUUAGAUUUGGAGAACGAGCUGCCUAUGGUUGAUAAUCGCUGGCUGCAUCGUAGACCCGAGACUGAACUAGGCAACCGAUAUGCUGAUUCAUGCCAUCUUAUCAAGGUUGCUGCCGACUUCAGACACCGUCUCCCUACUGCAGCGUUACGUACCUUUGAGGAAGUUUUGAAUAGCGAACUGUUCCUAGAACCACUGCUUUCAACCACGGAACGGUUAGCGAGCUUCAUUAAUCAGUCAGAUCUAUCAGAGCAUGUCUCGGACGAUGUCUUUAAUGGUCUUUGCGCCGCUAUGAACAAGCAAAUGAAUAUCUACCAGCUUCCAAAAGAACCAUUUCACAUGAUUCUCGAUACGCUGUUUAUGAGAUUCAUCCAGAAGGACUCGGAAUUAUCAUUCACCUCAUUCGGAGCGAAGAUUCUGACGAAUGGCUCACAAGAAACGAUAUCCCACAUACGUCGCUUGCUGCAUGAUCUUCUCAUUCUGGUUGUGUUUGUUGAAGGCGAGAUUAGCCAAGAGGAGGGCUCAACUUUCGAUGCCACAGAACUAUUCCCUAUACUCAUCACUCUCAUCAGGGAGUGCGAAUUACUAUACUGGUUGAGCUCUCAUACCCGAGCCUUGCCCAGUCGCAGUCAGCACGAAUCCACUGACGUGCAUGGACAGUCAAAGACUUACGGGGCAGUGAAUACGGUUCUCGGGGAUUUCUUCGUAGUCGACAUCAAACCGCGCCCGCAUGUCAAUUGCGCUCAAAGCUACACAUUGACAAAAAGCAUUUCUGAUGUUCUGUCCUGGGUCGUUCAUUCAGGAGGCGUCAGUUUUGAUGAUGCCUUGGUACAUAUUCAGUGCAAUCUGAUAGCCAAUGGCAACAUUGAACUGGCCAGUGACUUUUUGAGGUUUCAACCGAGCAAUGCCUGGUCUAAUUAUAUCAAGGGUCGGCUGUUCGUGGCCAAGGGAGAAUUCGAUACAGCAGCAAUCCAUUUCCAAAAAGCAGCGUAUCCUCUUUCUUCAGGAAGAGCUUUGGGGGAUUUGAGCGAGAUAUCGUCCGGUCUGCUCGAUCUACUUGCCGCGGAUAAGUUCAACAAUGGUCUUCCAAAGUACUUUCAGCACAUACUGAGUCUGUUCGAAAAAGCUGGCUCUUUCUCUCACGUGGCGGACUUUGCGUCCUUGUCAUUACAGGCACUGGAGUCCGAUCCUCUCAAAACAAAAGACUAUCCAGAAUAUCAAGAUCUCCGGACUGAUGUGCUCUCUCGGCUGUUCCAUGCUUCCUUAAGGACAUGUCAGUUUGACAAAGCUUACUCGGCGCUUUCACGCUACACGAACCUUGCGUUGCAAAAAUCCGCGCUCGGUCUUCUAAUCAAGGCUAUUCUAUCGGCUUAUGGGUCUGGAACAGCUGGACUCCAACAACUUCUUCAUUUCCCAUUGUGGCUUACACCCAAUCUUUCAUCAUAUGUGGAUGAAUCACUCUUGUCCCUUGCUCGCAAGCAGACCUCCUUCAGUUCGUCCUUCGACGGUGAUGCAUACUUGUGGGAAAGCAGCUAUACCCCUGAUUAUCACCGGAUUUUACAUGCCUAUCGAAUCGCACGCAAUGAUCUACGUGGAGCAGCGGAACUGGGAUAUCAAACAGUGCAACGACUACGACAUGCCAGAGACUCUCCCGUUGCACAGCGUGCGCUCAUUCGACGUGGCAAGGUGGAUGAGGAAGAAACCAAGCGCAUGGUGGAAGAAGAUGAUCUCGAGAGCAAGGAGAUUCGACAUGAACUACUAUCGCUGAUCAAUCUGUUGGCGAGUGUCGACAAGGCAGAGGCUUAUAUUCUGGUUGAUCUUGAUGCCGUGAUCCCUGCAACUGCUCCUGCAAUUUCAGAAGCGGGAACGCCAGGGAAACGGCACGCUGAUGAUGACGAUGUAUUUAUGGAUGACGGAUCUCCAUUACAGAGUCGCUCCGGAAGCCUUGCACAGCGACGCCGAAGUAGCGGUGCUCUCUCGAUGGACAGUGCUCGACUGACGGCUUCCACCAAUACCAAUAAUCAUAACAACAAAAACCGAGCCAGUCCACGGCGUGUUAUCGUCACUCUCGAGCAACUCCGACGUGAAUACCAAUCGGAGCUUGACCGUGUCAGUCGGAUUCAGCGUGGCGAUUGGGAGUUUGGGGUUGAUGGAUACGAAGAAGGGGCUAUGGAUGAGUCGUUACUCGACUUUUAGAGACUAUUUUGUAUAAUGUGCACAAGCGUGGUUUGGUUUUAUUUCGAGGACUGGUUCAAAUAUGAGGAAUUAAACGUGGACGAAUCAAGAAUUUCCCUUUUGUAUCACAAUACGGAGUCAGGAACGUAUUCGGAUUUAAGGCUGAAUAGAAUGCUAUUUUUGGAUUCGCACAAGCUUUGCCAAGCUUUGCUCGUGCGACCAGUAAACCCG